UUAUUGCCCAAUUCUCUCUCUCUUGUGCCGACAUAAGACUCGAGGCAACCCGAGGCAUACCAAGUUAUCUGUGCAGCACAGUAUAUCUUAACCUACCGACAAUAUUUGAAUCAAAACUUUGAUUUGAAUAUAUGUAUAUAUAUAUACAAUGAUAUCCUGGAAACAUUGAUUUUUCUGACAGUCAAACUCAAGUUUUUAUAUAAACUGCGGAAAGAUACAGCAAGAAUUUACAGACACAGGAAAAAUCAUUACAAACAAUGAUUCGAGCUUCUGCUAUAAUGGGCUCCACUGCGUUAACAAUAAGAAAUUUAAGUGGUCAUGAUCAUUUAAUAUCAUAUGGACCUUGUAUUCAGUAUGUACGAUGGAAGAGAAAACCACUUUGGUUAUCUACAGCAAAAACAAAGGUAUUUAGGGUACCACAAAGGCCGGUUACAUCACAGGAAGAAUUUGAAAAAAUUAAAUGUCUGUACAAUAACUAUAGAACAUCUAUCAAAUCUAUAAGAUCUUUUCUUAUAAACAAAGAAGCAGCCAAUCAGGUUCAAUAUGAUACUGCUUCUAUAAAAAUUCUUGCAAAUGAAGAUUUCAUCAAAUGUAAUGAAAUUAACGAAGAUUGGAAUAAACAAGUAGCUGCAGAACGUCAACAAAGGUUGGCAGCAGAAAGAGAAAAGCGUAUAGAGGAUAUUCAGAUGAAAUUAGAAGCGAAAAAAGAAAGAGAUUUGUUACUUCAAGCCAAAGUAGACGCAGAAAUUAGAAAAGCAAAAGAAGAAGCUUCAUCGUUUAUUACACGUGAUAACAUAGAUGAAGCUAUUAAAGAAGCAUUGUACACUAUAGUAGAUCAUAAUGCUGCAAUUGAUCUUGAUGGUACAUUUUACAAAGAAGAACAUAAUGCUAACACCACUGUGUAA